GGAGCCUUUGUGUGCAGGUGUUUGGACACGUAGGUGGGUGCACGGGGCGCAGCUGAUGCAGCCCGGCUACCUGCUGUCGGCCGAGAUGAAAGCGUUCUUAGCAGGAAUGGCUGCUCCGCUAUCGGAGCUGCAGCCUGGUGAAGUUAAAGCACAGCACAGCAUCGCGCACACAGGUCGCACUCAGAGGUCCAAGGCUGCUCUGGCUGCCCGUGGUCCAUACGGCCCCGGCACAGUGGGGGUGCUAUGGAGGUAACAACGGGAGGGAAGGUGAAUGCAACCGGGGUUUGUGCUGCCCUCCCUGCUGCAUCCUCCUCGCCCUUUGCGUUCUGGCUGUAUCUGGGGAGCCGGCACCCAGCUCCUCACUGCAGCAAAUCAAGUCGCCAACUUGAUUUGAGGAGGAUUUGUCAGGAACGAGCGCGCUAUCUGCAGGGCUAGACGUCAGAAAGGAGCUGUAACCAGGUGCGCGUAAGCCACAGCAGCUGGAAAGCAAAGAUCGCUGUUAGAAGGGAAAGACGAACGGGGAACAAGUCUGCGGGUUGUCAUUGUUAAGAGAGCGAUUUACUGCGCCCUCGAUUGCAAACUUAAAUUAAUACACGUAAAAUUACAACGCGGAGAAGAGACGCUCGUGACAAUCGGAGACGCAGCUCGCUUUCCCCUCCCGGUUAGGACCCUUGUGAAAUCAUGUCCAUUAAAGCCCCGAACGGAGGCAACUAACCAAUAACUGCGGUGGAAGCAACAAGGUUCCCCCCGGCCCCGCCUGCCAGCUUCAAGAAAAAGGGGGAAAAUCGGCGGUGUCAAUCAGCCGCACCGCAAAACAGCGGGGCCCUCCCCGCAGCCGACGCGGCCCCGGGAGCGGGCAGAGCCCCAGCACCGACGGGAGCCGGGGGGCCGCGGGGCUGCCAGGCGCGGCCGGGCGGGAGGAUAUUGGCUGCGAGGGCUCGGAGGCUCCUCCCAGAGCCCGGCCGCCGAGAUUUUGGGAGGAUUUCUUGUAACUCACUUCCAAACCCGGUUUGAGGGAAAACAAGUUGUCGUCGUAGCGGAGGUUACGGCGCUCGCGCACCUCCCCGCAGCCGCCUCGGAUGCUUCGCUUCGCUCGCGGAGGCGGGUCGCUGCCGGGGGGAGCGCUCCCGCUCUGGAUGUGGCUGUUUCUGUGCUAAGCGUCGGCUGGAAGGGACCGGCUGGGAAGACAAUGAGGGAAAGCCGGCCGGCCGAGCUCCCCGCUGCCCGGCGUUCCGCCGAGGACUGACGGCGUUCAGCGCUCAGCGUUGAGGCGGCGGCGGCUGCGGAGCCCGGUGCGGGGGCUUCCCGGGACCGACGGUUCCCUUCGGCUGCCGACCGGGGGGAGCCCGCCCGCGGAGCCACCAUGAAUUCGGUGGCCGGGAAUAAGGACAGGGUCGCGGUCACGGCGCGGAGCAGAAAAUACGGGGUGACCGAGCCCUGCUCGCCCACCAAGCCCGCCGCGCCCUUCUCCCCCGAGAGCUGGUACCGCAAGGCUUACGAGGAGUCCCGCGCCGGGAGUCGCCCGGUCCCGGAGGGAGCCGGCUCGGCGCUCGGCUCCUCCGGCACCCCGUCCCCCGGCUCCGGCACCUCCUCGCCGGGCUCCUUCACGGGCUCCCCGGGACCCGCCUCGCCCGGCAUCGGUACCAGCUCCCCCGGCUCUCUGGGCGGCUCGCCGGGCUUCGGCACCGGCUCUCCGGGCUCCGGUAGCGGCGGCGGCUCCUCGCCCGGUUCCGACCGCGGCGUCUGGUGCGAACACUGCAACGCCCGCCUGGCGGAGCUGAAGAGGCAGGCGCUGAAGCUGCUCAUCCCCGGGCCCGUCAGCAGCAAGGACCCAGGCUUCUCUUCAGUGAUUCAUGACAAACUUCAAGUUCCCAAUACUAUUCGGAAGGCAUGGAAUGAAAAGGACAACAGAUGUGAUGUUUGUGCCACACACUUGAACCAGUUGAAGCAAGAGGCCAUUCAGAUGGUGCUGACCUUAGAGCAGGCUGCCAACUCAGAACAUUACGAUGUCUCUCCAGGAUCCCCCCCACCCGUCUCUAAUAUCCCAUCGAUAGUGGGUUCCCGGCAUGUGGGCAGCUUGCAGCCCAGGGACUGGGCGUACAUGCCUGCUCCUUAUGCUACAUCUAAUUAUACAGGCUUCAUUCCCAACAAACACAGUGGAAAACCCAACAGUCUAGGAAUUGCUAAUGGGGUGGAGAAGAAAAAUGGCUCUCCUGGACACCAAGCCAAGGUCAGCUUUCAAAUGGCCACCAGCCCCAGCAAUGGUAAUGUUCUCAAUUCUGUGGCUAUCCAAGCUCAUCAAUACCUCGAUGGCACUUGGUCUUUGUCAAGAACGAAUGGCGUUACUCUAUAUCCCUACCAAAUAUCUCAGCUUAUGACAGAGACUAGUCGAGAGGGCCUGUCUGAAGCAGCAUUGAACCGGUACAAUGCAGAUAAACCCUCCUUGUACAGCUUCCCUGCUUCCCAGAGCACAUACGUUGCUGCUGAUGUAUCCACAGGCACCUCGGUGGCAGCAUCUUUUUUUGCCAGAGCCGCUCAGAAAUUGAAUCUGUCCUCCAAAAAGAAGAAGCACAGGCCUUCUGCAUCAUCUGUUCCUGAAUCUCCUCUCUUUACUACCAGCUUCAGCAGUAUCCUUCAGGCUUCCCCACCCCCUGCACCACCUUGUUUGUUGAGGGCAGUCAGCAAAGUGAAAGACACUCCUGGUGUGGGCAAGGUCAAAGUCAUGGUGCGCAUUUCUUCCACGCUUGCCAGAGACACAUCUGAGUCCAGCUCUUUCCUAAAAGUUGACCCCCGUAAGAAGCAAAUCAUGCUCUAUGACCCAGUCACCUGUGGAGGUCAGAAUGCUUUCCAGAAAAGGGGCAACCAGGUUCCACCCAAGAUGUUUGCUUUCGAUGCAGUUUUCCCACAGGAUGCAUCACAGGCUGAAGUAUGUGCUGGGACUGUGGCUGAGGUGAUCCAGUCAGUGGUCAAUGGUGCGGAUGGCUGCGUGUUCUGCUUUGGUCAUGCCAAACUUGGGAAGUCAUACACCAUGAUCGGCAAGGAUGAUUCCAUGCAAAACCUCGGCAUAAUCCCUUGUGCCAUCUCCUGGCUCUUCAAGUUGAUUAAUGAACGCAAAGAGAAGACAGGAGCACGCUUCUCAGUCCGGAUUUCUGCAGUGGAAGUGUGGGGGAAAGAAGAAAAUCUUAGAGACCUGUUAUCCGAAGUGGCUACAGGAAGCCUGCAGGAUGGCCAGUCCCCAGGUGUCUACCUUUGUGAGGACCCUAUCUGUGGCAUGCAGCUCCAGAACCAGAGCGAGCUCCGUGCCCCUACAGCAGAGAAGGCUGCCUUCUUCCUGGAUGCUGCUAUCGCUUCACGGCGUGGCAGCCAGCGGGACUGCGACGAGGAGGAUCACCGCAACUCCCACAUGCUCUUCACGCUGCACAUCUACCAGUACCGCAUGGAGAAGAGCGGCAAAGGCGGAAUGUCUGGAGGUCGCAGCCGCUUGCACCUUAUUGACCUGGGGAGCUGUGUGAAAGUGCUCAGCAAAAACCGGGAGGGAAGCUCUGGCCUCUGUCUCUCAUUGUCAGCACUGGGCAACGUCAUCCUUGCCCUCGUCAAUGGAAGCAAACACAUCCCCUACAAAGACAGCAAGCUCACCAUGUUGCUUCGAGAGUCCCUGGGGAAUAUGAACUGCCGCACCACAAUGAUAGCUCACAUUUCAGCUGCUGCGGGGAACUACGCUGAGACGCUGUCCACCAUCCAGAUUGCAUCCAGAGUCCUCAGGAUGAAGAAAAAGAAAACUAAGUACACAUCAAGUUCCUCUGGAGGAGAGAGCUCUUGUGAGGAGGGCAGGAUGCGGCGGCCAACCCAGCUGAGACCUUUCCAUUCUAGAAACACUGUUGACCCAGACUUUCCUAUUUUGCAUUUAUCAAGUGAUCCUGAUUAUUCAUCCAGCAGUGAGCAGUCCUGUGACACAGUGAUUUAUGUUGGCCCCAAUGGUACUGCCCUUUCUGAUAAGGAACUGACAGAUAAUGAAGGUCCCCCUGACUUUGUUCCUAUAGUUCCUGCACUGCAGAAGACCAAAAAUGAGGGCAGGCUGGAGGAAGGUAGUGAAUCAGGGUCCAGCACAUCUGAAAGAGAUUGCCUGAAGUGCAACACCUUUGCAGAGCUACAAGAGAGGCUGGAUUGCAUAGAUGGCAGUGAAGAGACCAACAAAUUUCCCUUUGAAGAGAUGCCUGCUCAAUUUAGCUCAGACCAGAUGUCUAAGUGCUCUGUCUCAAGCCAACUGGCAGAGCUUAGUCACUUACCAGAGUCAGAUAAGGAAGAUACAAUGCCAGAAUGUCAGCAUCCUGAUAGAGAAGCCAAGGAAAAUAUAAAUGCAACCCCCAGCAAAACUAAGAGAAAUCACUCCCCCAUUCCUUCUGGAGCUCUUACUAAUAUUUCAACUCCUCCUUCUCCCAGGAGUGUAACAGGCAGCUCUAGUAAAGAGCUUAGCUCUUGCCAGUUAGCACACAGUACCAGCUUGCAGAGCAGCAGAGAAGGUCUCAAUACCUGUGGCUUUGUGGAAGGGAAACCAAGGCCAAUGGGUUCACCCCGGCUUGGCAUUGCAAGCCUCUCCAAGACAUCUGAGUACAAGCCACCAACUUCUCCUUCCCAGAGGUGCAAGGUCUAUACACAGAAAGGAGUUCUCCCCAGCACCACACCUCCACCAGCUCCCCUGACUAAGGACACUGAGAUGACAUCGACUGAAUCUUUGUUACAGCCAGAAAUACGAACCCCACCUGCAGGAAUGAGCCCUCAGAUCAUGAAGAAGUCAGUGUCAUCCACCAAUGGGGAUUUUGAAGAGACCAUUCUCAAUGAAGAUCAGCAACAAAACCAUUCUCCUGAAUCCAAGAAAGAGAUUCUAAGCACUACUAUGGUGACUGUGCAGCAGCCACUGGAGCUGAAUGGGGAGGAUGAGCUGGUGUUCACCCUCGUAGAAGAGCUAACCAUUAGUGGGGUCCUUGACAAUGGGCGCCCAACCAGUAUCAUCAGUUUUAACAGUGACUGCUCUGUGCAGGCUUUGGCUUCUGGGUCUAGGCCAGUCAGUAUUAUCAGCAGCAUAUCCGAAGACCUUGAAUGUUACUCCAGUUCAGCUCCUGUAUCUGAGGUCAGCAUCACACAGUUCCUUCCACUUCCAAAGCUGGGCCUGGAUGACAAGUCCCAGGAUGAUGGCAGCAGACGCUCAUCUAUCAGCUCAUGGUUGAGCGAAAUGAGCACAGGGAGUGAUGGUGAACAGUCAUGCCACAGUUUCAUUGCCCAGGCAUGCUAUGGGCAUGGAGAAGCAAUGGCAGAACCUCCCGUCUCUGAGUUUGCAAACACCAUACAAAGCACCAGCAUGAUUUGUGUAGGUGACAAACAAAAGCCAGCAACCGACAACAUGCUUAUAUUGUCAGAAAUGGGGGAGCAAGCUUUCAGCAAAGUGCCACCCAUCAAAGGCUGUAAAAUAUCAGCUCUAGGGAAAACUACUGUCACAAUUAAAAACACUGCAAGCCUCAGCAGCUGUGAGGGCUACUUCCCAAUGAAGACAAACAUUACUGUUUAUCCAUGUAUUGCUGUUAACUCCUUCAAAGCACAAGACACUGAUGAUGCUGUAUCGGCAGAAAAUGCAGACCCAAAGGUUGCUCACCCCCAUGAAGGGAAAGAACCCAAUGCUAAAAAAGAUAUCAAAUUUGAAGAUCCUUGGCUGAAGAGAGAAGAUGAUGUAAAAAAUGACAGCUCUGGGAGCAGUGAUGUGUCGAGGUCUGACAUGAACAUAGCUUCAGCCAAACCUGAGCAGAGCACAAAGCAGUCCUCAGCAGACAGGUUUAGCAGCAGCAGCAGUGGGGAUGCCUCUGUCUCCCCAGGAUGUGACAGUCUGAAGAGGAUUGUGGAUGGGUGUGAGAUGGCAGCAUCUGGCUCUGCAACCCAGAGUCCCAUUCAUUCCAGUGAUGUCUUAAAGGGCUGCAGCCUCCCACGAAGUCUCCCAAAGGCAAGCAAGCCAGAGGAGCCUGACAGUCACCUCCAUUCUACCGCUUCCGACAGCAAUGGAGUUGUUUCUCCUGCCCACACUCAAUUUUCUAAGGCCAGCCUAGACAGAAAAUUGGCCUCUCCCAAGCAUUGUGUUCUCACUCGCCCCAAAGGGACACCUCCUCUGCCUCCAGUGAGAAAGUCAAGUCUAGAUCAGAAGAACAGAGCCAGCCCCCAGCACAGUGCUGCCAGCAGCACCACCAGUAGUCCCUCUGGCCAGCCCACACCCUUCCUGGCCAGCUUCCCUGAGGAGCUGAUUGCCAAACCAAAGGGUCCUGGCAUUGACAACAGCAGCAACAACAGCAGCAGCAAGCUGUUCAGUGCCAAGCUGGAGCAGCUCGCCAGCAGGACCAACUCCCUUGGGAGGUCCACAGGAAGUCACUACGAGUGUCUGUCACUGGAAAGAGCAGAAAGCCUGUCCUCUGUGAACUCCAAAAUGAACCCUGGCAAAGACACCACCAUGCCUCGGACUGGAAGGAGCGUCAGCCGCAGUGUCAUGUCCUCACCGACCAACUCAGCUCUCUCCCAGUCUGCAGGAGCCUCGCCAAAAGCUGGCCAGUCAAAGAUCUCUGCAGUCAGCAAGCUCCUGUUGGCAAGUCCCAAGGCUCGAAGCCUGUCUGCCUCUGCUACCAAAACACUCAGCUUUUCAACCAAGUCUCUGCCUCAGUCUGUUGGGCAGAGCUCCAGUUUGCCUCCAAGUGGAAAGAAUAUGUCCUGGUCAACACAGUCCCUCAGCAGAAACCGAGGCUCUAGCCUUGCUUCUAAAUUGCCCCUUCGGGCUGUCAAUGGAAGGAUUUCAGAGCUCCUCCAAGGCAGUACCAGCUCCAGAGGCUUGCAGCUGCGAGGAAACGUGGAAGCAGAUGAGCGUGGUGGCCUUCAUGGAGAGGAGAAGCCGGCAGUUCAUGUGUUGCCAUCCCCUUACAGCAAGAUCACCCCUCCCCGGAAACCUCAUCGCUGCAGCAGUGGUCAUGGGAGCGACAACAGCAGUGUCCUGAGUGGGGAGCUGCCCCCAGCCAUGGGGAGGACUGCCCUGUUCUAUCACAGUGGUGGCAGCAGCGGCUAUGAGAGCAUGAUGAGGGACAGCGAGGCGACAGGGAGCGCCUCUUCUGCACAAGAUUCAAUGAGCGAGAACAGCAGCUCAGCCAGCGGCAGGUGCCGGAGUCUCAAAACACCGAAGAAACGAUCAGCCACAGGCUCACAGAGACGGAGGCUUAUUCCAGCUUUAUCACUUGACACUGCCUCCCCAGCGAGGAAGCCUGCCAACAACCCUGGGGUCCGCUGGGUGGAUGGGCCCCUGCGAAGUGCACAGAGGGGGCUGGGGGAGCCCUUUGAGAUCAAAGUCUAUGAGAUAGAUGAUGUGGAGAGACUCCAGAGGCGACGAGGAGGAGACAGCAAGGAAGUGAUAUGUUUCAAUGCCAAGCUGAAAAUCCUGGAGCAUCGCCAGCAGAGAAUUGCUGAGGUCAAGGCCAAGUACGAGUGGUUAAUGAGAGAACUGGAGGUGACCAAACAGUACCUGAUGCUGGAUCCUAAUAAAUGGCUCAGCGAAUUCGAUCUGGAGCAGGUAUUUGAGCUGGAUUCUCUGGAAUACCUGGAAGCCCUGGAGUGUGUAACUGAACGUUUGGAAAACCGUGUCAACUUCUGCAAGGCUCAUCUCAUGAUGAUCACCUGUUUUGACAUCACCUCUAGACGCAGAUAAAGAGCGAACCUCAAGAGAAUUUCAAUGCACAUCUCUGCCAUCCUCCUUUUCCCUUCUGAAUAGCAUCCCAAAGACAACAGAAUGAGGAUGAAGGUUGGAGUCAAGUCUCAACUGUGUGUAUGAGAGAUUUGCUUUACUAUACAGAAGAGUAGUAUUAAAAAAUAACAGGACAUGCAUGAAAAAAUGGAGAUAGAAGGAUGUUGAUUCUCUUAGCCUAAAAGAGCACUUUGAGGAACCUAUAAGGACAUGUCUGUAAAUAAGAACUGCUGGCAGAAGAGACUUAUUUCCCUGCAUUAGCUGAGGGAGGAGGGAAGGUGGUUAUAGGACUUCCACUUGAGAGGUUCAUUAGAAGAAAUCCUAUCCAGAAAGACUGUUCAAGUGCCUUGCAAAUCUUUAUUAUCCAAACAUUUAUGUUCAUACUUUCUUGUGUACAGAUGGUGCUAGUCAAAAGAUGAAAAAGGAAAAAAAAAAAACAAAACACACUUUUGAAAUGUACUUACAGCUUGUUUUUCUCUUGGUGUUUUCUCCUGUUUCAGACUUGCUGUUUCUAAGUAACUUGUGUUUGUAGAAAUAUUUCCUAAUCAGUACAACAUAUGAAUAAAUGUUAACUGUCUUUUGUUGUUAACAGAGUAAGGCCACUCAAAGAGAAAUUUGGCUUCCCAGAUGACACACAAAUGUUUCUAACAGUGAGAAAGGUUUGCUUAUAUGUUCUUCUGUAAAAUCUUGUGUUAGAGGGCACAGUGAUUUUCCUAACCUACAGGUUUUACAGUGUGUGAGGGAGGAGAGUUGAUAUUAUGGUGAAGUAAGUACCUUUUGCAUUUGAUUAAGCCCCCAUAACAUGCUUUCUUUUUCAUAUACUUUUACCUUUUUGCUGGCUAGAGCUAGUGAUGAGAAGGUACUUUUAUCCCAACCCCUUUUUCUGGGACUAACAACUCAAUGGAAAAUUACUCUUCAGGGUGAGGGCUCCCAUGCUUGUCAGUUCAAAAAUGAAUUAUUACUUUUUCUUUCUUGAUUCCACAACUGAUAAAGUUUAACUUUGCCUUCCUUAUGUCCCUGGCCCAGACAUACCUGCAGGUUCUGUUCAACUCACCUAGUCCAGAAAUAAGCAGCAGUAAUGAGCAAGCAGAUCUAGUAAUUCAGGCAUGAUGAUUAUGAUGUUUUCCUAAUCAGCACUCCCUUAUUUGAACUAUGACAAAAGUCACAUUGACAUCAGUGGGUGACAUCAUCUGGUGGGUGACAACCCUGCUCAUGGUGUGGGGGUGUGGGGGUUGGAACUGCGUGAUCUUUAAGGUCCCUCCCAGUCCAAAUCAUUCUGUGAUUCUGUGAUAAAAAGAAUGAGGGUCUGGGCCUCAGUGAACAACAAGAUAUUCUACUUAUUUGCAUCUUUAUCUAUAAAACAGUAUGUGGGGAGGACCAUCCUUUGUGUUACUUAAACAAGUGUGUGAAGUUUGCAUGUUAAUUACAUAUGAGCAUAAAUAAUUCUUCUAUAGCUUUCUUCUUUUACAUUGAAAUAAUUCACAAAACGAUUCUCUCACAUACCCUUGUGUGACCUUCCUGUUGGUUAUCAGAAAGUAAGGCCAGCAUUUGACAUAUACUCAGUAUGCAUCAAUUCAUCAAUUUAUUGUUCCUAUAUAUAGCUCUUUACCUGCAUCAUCAUCAUAUUAAUGCCAUUUUACAGUAUGCCAAGCAUCAACUACCAGUGAAAAAAAAUCCACAGAAAUACUGAGGAAACAGUGCAAUUUCUCUGGUUUGUUUCUCUUUGUAAUGAUUUUAGUGAUGCUUGUUAUGUAUUGGUUCUGUUGGGGCAUCUCUUCUCCAUAGAUUCCCAUGAUUCUUGUACAGUUCUACAGAGCCAUGGCAAUUGCCUCUGCAGUUCUGUGCUGGAUGAAGACCCAGUACCUUGGGGAUAUGGAGCAUGUCUUCUUUUGUGGAUUCAGUCAUGUAGAGUCCCAGAUUCAUGCUGUCAGGUCACAUACACAGAAAAGAAGCUUUCCCAGCAGCUCCCAUCUUUCACUCAUCUGUGUCCCCAGGUAGCCCUGUAUGCUUCCCAGGUUGUCACUUGUGUCUGUUCUACUUCUGCUUCCCUCCCUGGUCACUCCUCCACAUUAGAUUCCCCACCUUAGUCAUGCAAAAGGAAAUUACAUUUUGCCUUCUUUCAGCUUAAGCAUUUGAGAAAAAGUAUUUAUUAGAAAGUGAUCAUUAGGCUAAAUGGAUCAUAGAACCAUAGAAAUAUAGAAGCACUCAAAUUGGAAAAGACCUUAAAGAUCAUCGAGUCCAACCAUGACCUAACCAUACUACCCAAACUAACAACCCUCUGCUAAAUCAUAUCCCUGAGCACCACAUCCAAACAGUUUUUAAACACAUCCAGGGAUGGUGACUCAACCACCUCCCUGGGGAGCCCAUUCCAGUGCUUCACAACCCUUCUGUAAAGAAGUGUUUCCUAAUAUCCAACAUAACACUCCUGUCUCAUACUAGCAUUCGUAUCCUAAAAUCAGUAGUCAUCUCUUUUUUUUUACUUUCUGUCACUGCAUUUCAAAAUCUGCAUCUAUACUUUUGGGAAUUGUGGUGGCUUAAUGCAUACAGGGGAAUGUAAAUUUGAGGAGAUGUGACAUCUGUGAAACAUUUUCUUGGUUAAAAUUGCUUUUUACUUUAGAAUCUAUUCUAUUGUACUUAAAAUAUCUGCAAAACAGAUAAUUUAAAACAUCAUGUCUAUAGUAGCCAGCAUUUUACAGAGGACCCAUAUGCUCCCGCAGGUCACCCCCGAAGUCCCAUUCUUUCAGCAACUGCCAGUAUAAUGCUGAUUUAUUCCUGAUUUCAUUAAAAGUCAUCAAGUUACCCAAAAUAUACAAGAGCAAUGUGAGCGGAGUCCUUAAUUGUUUGCAUAUUCAGAAAUCAAUCUUAUUUCCCUGGAACAACUUUAGUGGGAAACAGCAAUGUUAAUGCAAUUAGAAGUGAAGGUUAUAUCUUUGUUCUCUCAUGUAAUGGAGGACCACAUAUCCUUAUUAUCAUGUUCUGCAAUGACUACAGAGCAGCAGCCAUUAAUCUGCAUUACCAUAGCUAUGUUCAGAUCUACUGCUUGAGUAGUCUGGGCCUGACUGUGAAAACUUUUUCAUCUUAAUGUGCUUGAAUGUUAUUUCUACAAGGGGCAGAACUUGCUCUAUGACCACAAAUUCAGUUGAGGCCCCAGAUUUGGGAGUUUGGCUGCAAUCUGAAUUGCAGAUUUUUUGCACCCAUUCCACUGAUCCCCACAAGUGCUGGGAGUAGUCCAAAGCCUGGGUCAUUUACCAGCAGCUCCGGAGCUCUGCUUCCCUUCAGGGUGUGGGAGAACCCUAAUUGAUGGUGCAUUAGUCACAGCUACCUGUGGCUUUUCUCCCACCAUCCAUACUUUGUAUUUGCUUCAAAAUGGCUUCUUCUCAAUUCAUUCACAUCUAAGCAAUCAGAAGUAUUAUUUCACAGAAAGACAGGCAACAAACUAAUACCCAAGCUGUCCUUUCUUAGCUCUUUACUAAAGCUGUAUGCUCUAGGAGAGAUCUAGUCCUUUAAAGAAAUAUUUUCUUUUCCAUUUAUCUCAAUAAUGUGGUUUAUUUUAAAAUGGCAUUAUUAUCCAUAGAGUAGGAUUCCGAUUUUAUGACAGCUGAAGGAAAUGGGCUUUCUGACAAAUACUGCCUUUUACAAAUGUUUGUGAUUUUCUGUGUUUUUGUUUUUUCUAGUGAGCUAAAAGUAAUGAUAAAACCAAAGGACAGUAUAUACAUACAAAAAAUGCAUAUGAGCAUAGCCUGAGAGAGACACCCCACACACAUUACUGUGAGGAGAUUGCAUAACUGGUCACAAAUGGCAACAACACUGCUAUUCAUCUCUUCCAGGGUUUGCCUUUAAAACCCUUCUCCUAUCACUCACCAAGAUGAAGUUGACUUAUUCCACACCACAGGGAAAACUUAUGCUCAAAACACUUUUGAAGACUUCCUUCAAAGGGCCUUUAUUCCUGCUGUUCUUCAGCCUAUAAAGCUGGGUUUCUGCAGUUCUCAUGCAGAGGCUGUCAUUGAAAUGUUAAGGCCUGUCAAAAUAAUAGAAAAGAACCACUACGUAUUUCAGGGUAUCACAAGUUGAAGGCAAGAGAUCUCACAAUCAUCACUGUUAAAUACAAUUUGUGCUUUUCUGUGGUGCAAGUAACCUGGUCAUGUCCAUUGAAAGCCGUGAGAUAGAGCAUUCUGUCAAGUCCUCAUUGUUCUUAAAAUUGUAAUGUAAAAGUUUCCACAUUGCAGAGGACUGACUAUAGCAAAUGUUCUCAUAAACCAGAGAUGGAGUGACCCCCUGCUGCCCAUUCCUAUGGGGAGAAUGGUCACACAGUAUGAGGGAUGCACCAACUCACUUCAGAGAUCAAAGAAUUUCUACCACUGCAUAAUGAUAGGAGUAAGAGAUGGCACUAUUUCUCAGUACUGUGGAUAGAUGACAUGACAUACCUUACCUAAUCCUCAUGUCCUUCUAGCCCUCAUUUUGUUACUCCACAGGCUUUUGUGUUGGCAACACCCGGCGCUUUUUGGAGACACAAGGCUGGACGUUGCUAGCUAUUACAAGAUUUGAAAUAGGCUUUCAAAUAACUAUGUCAAACAAAACUGUGAAUGAUUUGUCAAUGCAAAGGUAAUAAUCUCUAGCUCUUGCAUUUAUUGUGUGCUCAUCACAGGGUUAUCUAAACCUCCAUACCUGCUCUUGGAAAUUAUAAACCAUUUUAUUAUUGGCUUUAUCUUUUCUUCUUUCUCCUUCUCAAGCAACGUAAAAAAAAGAAAGAAAAAAAAAAAGAAAAAGAAAAGGAAUCAUUUUGCCUUGAAAAUGUAGCACUCUUAUCUUGACCCUAUUGAAGUCAAUACAGAAUUUGCCAACAGCCCCACUAAAGCAGACUCAGUCUCACUUACACGACAUUUUGAAGCUUAUAAAGGGAGUGAUUAUUGCACAAAGAAUGGAGGUGCUGAAAGUGAAAUAGUAACAUCCAUGAUAUUUCAACACCACCUUCAAAACUCUCAGACAGGAAAAAAAUAAUCCCCAACCCAAUCCAUCUUACUUUGAGUGGUCCUACUCAAGUAUUGAGCAAACUUUAUAAUAAUGGUAAUAAAAUGGUGCUUGAGGCAGUUUCAGCUAUAUUACAUAUCUCUAUAUACUAUCAAUAUGGAUGUAUUCACCCUCUCUAUUGUAUAUGUAUGUGUGAAUAUUUACAUAUAGCACACAUACAUAUAUAUAUUUUAUGUAUGCAUAGUUGCUAACUUUCCUGAGUAAGUUUUACUUUUUUCCCCUCCCAUAGCUGAAACUGCUGGUUACUAACAUCCACAUCAUAUUCUAUGUAUGAAGGAUAUAAUUUAUUUGUAAACUCAGGAUGUUCUUGUUUUAUGGAGUUGCUUGUGUUCUAUCAUUUAUUUACACACCAUGGUUGGAAAUGCUCACCUGGGUGCUGCCCACUGCAGGGAAUGUUUGCUAAACACAUUUCCCUCUGUGCUUGGCUACGUUCUUUCUCAUUGUAACAGCGGUAUAAAAUGGAGCUAAAGGAGGAGACAAAACAAUGGAUACAAAACCGAUGGGCGACUCCAGAAGAGGAUGUAUCAGUAGUAGAUAUAUCCAUACUUCAUCAACUAAAUUUUAUAGGAAAAAAAAAAAAGAAGAAGAAGAAGAAAGAACAGCAUGAGGACAAGUUCAAAAUGUUGGAUGUCACAGCCAUUUCCAAGUUGGUCAACAAAUGCAUUGACCCUUUUGCCAUUAAAAUUGUAAAGUUUAUUGUUUGCUGGCUAAAAAGAAAAAUAUCCCUUCUGUGGUAUCUGAGGUGUGAAACAUUGUCAAAAAUAUGAUGUCUGGAAAAAAAAAAUAUCAAACUAUAGUGGCAUUAAAUGUUUACUUUUAUCUUACCGAUA